AUGGAUGAGUUUGAUUUCUUUUCAUCACCGCCUUCAACAACAACAACAACAACAACACCACAAGCAAACGAGUUAGCCACACUAGAUAACACAGAUGCAGAGCUGAACACUGAGAAAGAGGAUUCUUCUUGGAUCCUUGAAAAUAAUCCGGAGAGCACAACAUCCACUCAAGUGGAUAUCUUCAGUGAAAACAAUAUAACAUCGACUGAAGGUUUUUCGUCUGGUGAUAUUUUAGAUAAUGCAACGUCAUCAUCAACAGCAUUUGAUGGUAGUGUCUUUGAAGCGCCGUCUACAACGGAAACAAGCCUUUCAAACACUCCAGCAGUAGCUCAACAAACAGCAGAACAACCAUCGCUGGGUAUGUUUGUCGUGGAGAGUGUAUCUCCUCUGCAAGCAAUAACGAAAAAACGCGAAGAAGAUAUCGCAGUGAAAGAUGCAGAAGAAAAGCGAAAAAUCGACGAAUUACGUCAGCAAGCCAAAUCGGAUUUAGAACGUUGGUAUAAAGAUCGUCAACAGCAACUAGAGCAACAUCGGCAAACGACAAGAACGAAUGAAGAGGACUUGCGUGCGAAAGCUUUGGAGAAGAGCACGAAAGACACCUGCGAUUGGUCGAAGGUGAUACGAUUCCUUGAAUUCAACGAUGGCACGCAAUUAUCAAAAGCCAAACGCGACUUAACUCGGAUGAAGUCCUGUAUGUUAAUUGCUCGGCGAGCUAAUGAAAAUAAGAAAGUAUCAAAUGGUGUUCAAUAA